AUGGCGAGUUCUGGAAGUUCUGAAGGUGUUCCGAGGCCACCGACUAUGCUUGAGUUGUUGCUUGAAGAGAUUAACUUCCAGAGGACCAAGGAGAUGAGGCAGCUGCUUAAAGAUGACACAACUUACUGGAUGGACCUUUUCGUCAGAUACUUUCUCUUCCAAGGCGAGCACAGAAUCGACGACGACGAUCUUCUCUUUUUUGUGAGGAAGAAGCACAUCAAAACUUCAUCGCGUUAUAUGCCGAAAUUUGAAACAGAAGUUGAGGUCUUUCGGAAGGACAGCAAGAAACUGCCGAUCGGAGACCCAGAUAUCGAUUGGGAAGAGACUGUUUAUCUUAAUUUGGUCGUUCACCAGUUCAAUUAUACUCUCACUUUGGCGAUUUGCACUCGCACUAGCCCCAAGGAAUUGCAAGUACUCAGGAGACAUUCGCAAAAAGUGUAUGCCAGUCCAAGUCGCCGUCGCAUGGACGCUAAAGGCGACCUAGAAGAAAUGACCUAUCCACAUAUAUGCUUCAUGGUUGAUAAUUUUGACGAAGUAUUCUGUGAUAUAUUAGUUAGAGAUGGAGAAAUGGUUUGUGUCGAGUUGGUAGCUUCCGAUCGCAAAGGCGCUAUUCAAGGUGUUAUUUUUCUUGGAUCUAUCAGAUAUGACGCUUUGAAAAAAGUCUAUGAUGCUCGGUCAAGCCUCAGUACAAAAAUGGCGCAACGAAUGACAUUCGGACUUUUUUCCGGAGCUUCUUCACAAAGAAUUGAAUUUGUUCGUAUGAAAGGCCCUCAAGGAAAAGGCCACGCCGAAAUGGCAGUGACGAAGCCAAAAGGUUCUGGGGCAGAAACUCCGACCUCAGAACCGGGUUACUCGGUAACCGACGCCCUCUGGGACGCCGACUGGGACGACGCGGAAGAAAUAUUCAUGUACCGGCACCAGCGCCGUCUUUCGGACCCGAGUUCUAACCUCAACAACUUUGUUCGCGGCGGCUGGAGAACCAAACCGGAUACAGCGAGCACCAAAGCUCGUUCCGAGAACGAGGGACUCGACUCUAUGGCCAACGGACUGAACGAAAUCGAAGCUGGGGAUGUUCGAGACGCUGAGAAUCAGGCUAGCAGCUGGGGCGGCCGGGUCACGUCCCCGGUUCGCCAAAAAGAGAACAGAAGCCCUCGCUCCAGGCGACGUCGCUCAUCCUCAUCUAGGGACCGAAGCGACUCUUCUUCAAAGCCGAUAACUAAAGACAAAAGUUCUUCGGCUAAUUCACGUGAAAAUGAUAAACGCUCUUCUCCUAGAAGGUCUAUUGGAACUCCAAAGCGUCGACACCGUCGUCACCACAAUAUUGAAGUAGGGAGUGAGUCAGUGGUGGCAGCUUCUACCCCCGAGCAUUUGACUGAUAAUGUAAUGCAAAAACUAGACACCGGAGCGAUAUUAGUUCACGGAAAAGAAGAACUUCCUCUAGGUUACGCCAGUAAUAAUGACAAUCGCCGGAUAACGAGCUACCCUAUGGACAUUGAGCGUCGGAAUAAUCACCAAGACUUUGAGGGUGAUGAGAACUUCCGCGGAGCUUCGAGACGCCAUCGCGCGCGGCGCUACUUCAGCGACGAUGAAAUUCUGGGCGCCAUUAGGAAGCACGGGCUGAUUAAUGGAGAAGGCCGCGAGGAGGUCAACGGGAAGACCAAUGGCGUUAAAGCCAACGGAGAUGACAGUCUCGAUAAAGAACACUUGGAGAAUCAGGAUGACAAUGACCAGAGCUGUCUUAGCGAGCCUCUGAAGGACAAAAAUGCAAACGCUAAGAUUACUAAGGUGCUUAACAGUUCGCAUAAACAGAGCGCGACUUUACCCAGAAGAAGGCGAAGGCGCGCGUUGUCUGGCAGUGUUAUUGGGAAUCACCCUCUUCCACCUCAUCGGGUCACUCCAGAUGGCACCGCGAUCUACUAUUGGUGCGAGCUCCCGCGUCGCCCCGGCUCUCAGGACCGAGUAAGAUCAGCGGCCAAGAAACCGGAAACUAAUGUUACUAUUAAGAAUGAUAAACCCAGUACGGAGAAAACUGAGAGCAAACCUGGGAGAGAAGUCGAGUGCCGUGGGAUGACUAAAACAUUAAGCAAAAUGGGGAAAGAAGUAAUCUGCAAGCCGCGGAAGACGCUGGUUAAAUUGACUCCAGACCCUGGAUACAUUUAUAUUCCCGACGUGAUCUUAAUAGAUCAGUGCGACGGACGAUGCGGUCAUGAGAGUCAGUCCUGCAUGGCUAUAGAGACAGUUAGUACCCGAGUGCUGGUACAGAGAAUGCAAAUUGGGUCUUUACACUCUCCUUGCUGGGAACUCGAUGUUGAUAAACACACAAGAUGCAAAUGCGAUUGCGAACUUAUGGCGACUGAUUGCAAUUCCCGGCAGAAGUACGACCCAGACGACUGUCUGUGCCAGUGCACUAAUAUGGACGAGAUGUACGAUUGUUCGCUUAAAGAAGAUAUGUACUGGAAUCAUGAAAGUUGUCGUUGUUCUUGUUUGAUUGAAGAAGAAAUUUGUACUGCUGGACUUAUAUGCGGCAAAGUACUUACAGACAACAAAAUUCCCUGA